AUGAGCACAAACUUCAGCUCAAACAAUGGUCUUCACUCUCGAAACCUCAUGCAUGUUUCAGAGGCGUUUCUUGGUACAAAGUUGUGCUCCAUAAGUAAAUCUGGUGGUAGGUCCAAAGCUUCAUUCUUGCCUGUAGAUUUGUGGAAAACUGCUGUAAGUGUGUCAUCUGGGAUUGAAAUACUAACAGCAGAUUCCAUUGCCACCAUGAAUUCUUUCCCUCUUGGUGCUGAUGAAUAUGACUUGGAUCUCCCCACACCUGGCUUCUCAUCCAUUUCAGAUGCCAUUGAAGAUAUUCGCCAAGGAAAGAUGGUGAUGGUUGUAGACGAUGAGGACAGAGAAAAUGAGGGGGAUCUAGUAAUGGCAGCAUCAGCGGUUACACCCGAGGCUAUGGCUUUCUUUGUUAAGCAUGGAACUGGGAUUGUUUGUGUAACCAUGAAAGGAGAAGAUCUUCAAAGAUUACAACUUCCUCUAAUGGUAAAACAUAAUGAGGACAAGAAUCGCACAGCAUUCACAGUUUCAGUGGAUGCAAAACAUGGAACAACCACAGGGGUGUCGGCUCAUGAUAGGGCAACAACAGUAAAAGCUCUAGCUUCAAAAGAGUCAAAGCCCGAGGACUUUAAUCGCCCAGGUCAUAUAUUUCCAUUAAGAUACAGAGAAGGAGGUGUUUUGAAAAGAGCUGGUCACACCGAAGCUUCGGUUGACCUAGCCAUGCUAGCUGGGUUCGACCCUGUGGCAGUCAUAUGUGAGGUGGUGGAUGAUGAUGGUUCGAUGGCUAGAUUACCAAAACUUAGGAAAUUUGUCGAAAAGGAGAACAUGAAAAUCAUUUCUAUUGCUGACCUUAUUAGGUAUAGGAGGAAAACCGAUCAUUUAGUAGAACAAGUUUCUGCUGCACGGAUACCUACUACAUGGGGGUCGUUUGUUGCUUACUGUUAUAAGUCGAUCUUAAAUGGGAUGGAACAUGUCGCUAUGGUCAAGGGUGAAAUCGGGGAUGGGAAUGAUAUACUUGUGAGGGUACACUCGGAAUGCUUAACAGGAGAUAUAUACGGAUCUGCUAGAUGUGAUUGUGGGAACCAACUCGCACUUUCAAUGCAACAAAUCGAAGAGGCUGGGAGGGGUGUAGUGGUAUACCUCAGAGGUCAUGAGGGUCGAGGCAUCGGUUUAGGCCACAAACUUCGUGCUUAUAACCUUCAAGAUGAUGGGCGUGACACUGUGGAAGCCAAUGAGGACCUCGGCUUGCCUGUUGACUCAAGGGAAUAUGACGUUGCUGCACAGAUUUUAAAAGACCUUGGUGUUAGAAAGAUGAAGCUAAUGACGAACAAUCCGGCUAAAUGCAUUGGGCUCAAAGGCUAUGGUUUGGAAGUCACAAGCAGAGUUCCCCUUUUGACUUUGGUCACAGAGCACAACAAGAGAUAUCUUGAGACCAAGCGAACCAAGAUGGGUCAUAUUUACGGGUCAGGGAAUAAUGGGGUUAACCUCAUCAAUCAAAACGAUAAAAUGCACUCUGUAUACCCUACUAAUUAA